AUGGCGGAUAUAUGGAAAAAGAAUUCAGUUAAAAACAGCUCAUAUGAUGCUGUUCCUGGGCGCAAAGAACAAAUAUUAUAUCAGCCGUGUUCAAGGAAGGAUUUACAAACAACGACUGAUGUCUUUUGUUCAGAGUGUGACGAAUAUCAGUGCAAUGAAUGUUCAAAGGCACAUACAGUCUAUGCGUUUAUGAAAAAUCACAAGUUAGUGAAUGCGACAAAAGUAAAAUCGAAAAUCAUCUUCUUUGAUAUGAAAGGAAUGGACAAUUGUGAACAACAUGGGAAAUUAUUGAUUUUUUUCUGUGAAGACGAGAACCAACUCUGCUGCAGCACAUGUGCUAAAAUGGAUCACCGAAAUGCCAUAGAAGUACAGAAGAUUGCCGGGAAGUCGCGUUCUGUUUGCUCCAAGUUAAAACGAAAAUUGGAAGAAGUAAAAUCAAAGGUGGAAAUGAUUGUUAAACACACUGAAUCAUAG